AUGAACGCUCCGUCAUUGUGGACUCGUAUCGAGCUCCGUGUCGACCACGAUCUAAUCGACGUAACGCUUCCAAAGCUCUCGUACGUCGAGGCGUGUUUACAGCGUAGUCAAAGUGCCGGCCUAGAUAUCGAAAUGCACCUGGGGUGGCAGUCAAAAGAUGACUUUAUCCGCGACGUCGCGAAGAGUGCAAUAAUCGCUGUAGGGGACAAGGGAGAAGAAGAAGCGGUUGUUUCAACCCUUGAGGAGAUAGAUAUGCACUUUAGCUGCUCCGUAUAUAGAAAGAAGGAGGACGCGAUAUUCAAAGCCCUCGAUUCGAUUAUCAGUCUCGAACGUUGCAACAUACACCGAUGGACGACACUCGCCCUCAUGCUACCUUCCGACUAUUCUCAACAUUGA